AUGGCCUUGGGUCAAUCCUGUUCCUGUCAGUGGGCGCUGUGGGUGCUGCUGCUCGUGUCCUGCGUCAGGGCAUUCUACAUCCCGGGAUACUCCGUUACCCGAUAUAAUGACAAUGAUCCAAUCCCUCUUCUCGUGAACAAAAUCUUCUCCGAUCACACCCAGCUGCAGUAUGCCUAUUUCGACCUGCCUUUCGUAUGCCCGCCAAGCGGCAAGACACAUGGCGGUUCCCCGUUUGGAUCCGGCCAAAGCAUUUCGCUCAAUAUUGGGGAGGUACUGCGUGGUGAUCGAAUCAUGACCUCCGACUUUGAACUUGCGAUGGGAAAGGAUGUUGAGUGUCAGUCACUCUGCACCCGCGAUCUUAGUCGGUCAGAUGUGAAAUGGGCUCGUCAGCUCGUCAAGGAGGGAUAUGUGAUCGAAUGGAUUGCCGAUAACCUCCCAGGAGCCACGAGCUUCGUGACAGUGGAUCGAAGCCGCAAGUAUUACGCUUCCGGAUUCAAGCUUGGCUAUCGAGACAUCUCUCCCGUCACUGGGCAGCAUCGAUAUUUUAUCAACAACCACUUCACGAUCGUCAUCCGCUGGCGGAGCGCGCCCGAAGGAGGGAAGGUGAUCGUAGGCUUCGAGGUGUACCCAAAAAGUAUUACCGCCGAGGACCGCUUGGAAAAUGGAUGCCCCAAAUCUCUUCACAAUAACAACGAAGGACUGGGGUUGUAUAUCGCGCCCGACCUUUCGCGGAUGCAAGAAAAGUACUCCGGACUGUCAUAUAUUCCGGAUGAUGACGAGGAUGAUGAUGAUGGAACCACACUAAAGGUUCCUUACACCUACUCUGUCUACUUCCGAGAGGACACCCAAGUUGAGUGGGCCAACCGCUGGGAUUUAUAUUUUACCAACCAAGGCGAAGGUUCGAUAACCCAUUGGCUGGCGAUCAUCAACUCUUUGACAAUUUGCACCGUGUUGGGAGUGACCGUGUUCGUCAUCUGGAGCCGCACAGUGCAAGGCGACCUUAAGGGCCGCGGCGAUGGUGCCAUGGAUGAUCGGAAAAUGAAGGGCCAAUCUCGUCGCCGGAGCGGCAAGUCUGGCGAGAAAAAAGGCGAGGGACUUCUGGACGACAGCGCGGAUGUGGAGCGCGAUGCAGACUUCUCCUCGGACGAUGAGGCUCUCGAAGAUACAAGUGGUUGGAAGCUUCUCCAUGGGGAUGUGUUCCGUACCCCCGCUUAUAGUGGUCUUCUUGCCCCCUUGGUUGGAUCUGGAAUGCAGUUGUUGUUCAUGGCUUCAGGCUUGCUUCUGCUCAGCUGUUUGGGGGUUUUGAACCCCAGCUUCCGUGGUGGUUUUGUUAGCGUCGGUAUGGGCCUGUUCGUCUUUGCUGGCCUUUUCUCCGGUUACUUCUCAGGGAGACUUUACAAAACCUUUAGCGGAUCCGCUUGGCGCAAAAACACGCUAAUCACUGCUCUGCUCUUCCCUGGUCUGACAUUCUGCCUCGUGUUGAUUUUGAAUUUGUUUGUCUGGGCUCAAGCAUCCAGUACGGCAAUUCCCUUCAGCACUCUGGUCGGCCUGCUUGCACUUUGGCUCCUUAUCCAAGUUCCCUUGGUAUACAUUGGCGGUUGGGUGGGAUAUGUGCGUGCGGCGCCAUGGGAGCACCCUCUGAAGACGAAUGCGAUUGCCCGCCAAGUCCCACCCCAGCCCUGGUAUCUCCGCAGCCCCCUCGGUCCUGUGGUAACUGGCCUCAUUCCAUUUGCGGUUCUCUUUAUUGAGCUGUUAUUCCUUUUCAAGAAUCUGUGGCAGGACAAGUCUGGCUAUUACUAUGUAUUCGGCUUCCUGAGUGUUGUCUCGACCGUGCUGAUUGUCACGGUUGUCGAGGUGACUGUGAUCGCCACAUACAGCCAACUUUGCUCCGAGAAUUAUCAUUGGUGGUGGCAGAGUUUCCUGACUGGCGGCAGCAGCGCUUUUUGGAUUUUUGCCUACUGCGUCUGGUAUUACAUGUUCAAGCUCCACAUUACCGGAUUCGUGUCAAGCCUGCUAUUUUUCAGCUACAGCUUCCUCGCUUGCGCUGUGUAUGGCCUGUUAACUGGAACCGUUGGUUUCUUGGCCGCGUAUGCGUUCGUCCGGCGUGUUUAUAGUGCCAUCAAGGUCGAUUGA